GGUCAAGUUUACACAAUGACGUACAGACGAAAUACCUGUUUAUCAAUUGUGCCCUUCCACAAACUUAGUGUAGCUCCAUUGCACACACUCAAAACUCACUUCAAAGUCCGAUUUCUAAUGGCCGCAAAGCACGCAGAAAUAGGUUCAUUCGGAUCUGCAGACCUAACGGGGGUGAAAUGACUCGGGAGGGGAGGCAGAAAGUCAAGAGGAGACGUUACUUUUUUACAGAAUAAAUUAUGCCACAUAAGAGCUCGUCACACGCCACCGAGACGGCCACUGCGCCAGGAGCAGCAGCACUGAGCGCCGAGGGCAGACUCAGCCUCGACGUGCUCUCUCCGCUUCACCCCUCCGCCGCUGCGUCUCGUCUGUCUGCCUGUUGUCAUGGAGGAGCCAAGAUGGCGCUCCUGGCCUAUAGCCUAGGCAAACGAGAAAUAAAUCACUAUUUCUGCAUCAAAAAUGCCAAACUGCUCGCGUUCGCCGCGGUCCUUGUGCUCACUGUGCUCCACUGUUUCUCUCGGUUUUAUGGAGGUGGCGAUACGUGUGAGUGGCUCCUUUCCACCGGCAGGUUCCUGGGCGAAAACGUGUGGCAGCCACAGGGGUGCAUGAUGCACAAGUACCGAAGCAGUGAAGCAAAGGAGUGCCUUGCCCAGAAGCAAAUAGCCUUUAUAGGAGAUUCCAGAAUUCGCCAGCUCUUUUAUUCCUUUGUCCGAAUAAUAAACCCAGAUCUCAAGGAGGAAGGAAACAAGCAUGAGAACAUUCCGUUUGAAGACAGGAGUUCCUCUUUGAAUGUGGAUUUCUUGUGGUAUGCCGAAGUGAACAAUUCAAUGAAGGAUCGCCUGAUGUCCUGGACCGAGGAAAUCUCAUUAAACAAACCAGAUAUCAUAAUUGUGGCAGCAGCUACAUGGUCUAUUAAGUUACACAAUGGCAGCAGUGAAACGCUCAAUCAGUACAAAACCAACCUCACAGCUGUUUCCCGUCUUUUGGAGAAACUGGCAAAAGACACAGAAGUUUAUUGGGUCCUGCAAGAUCCUGUAUAUGAAGAGCUGCUGAGUGAUAGUCGGAAAAUGAUAACUAAUCAGCAGAUAGACUUAUACAAUGAAGCAGCACUAAGCACUCUGAAUGGCAGCAAAAAAAACGCAAAAGUCGGGGUGAAAAUUGUCCGUGCCUCUCGGCUAGCAGCACAGGAGACGAUCUCAGAGUCUCUGGACGGCCUGCAUCUACCUGAAAGCAGUAGGGAUGUCGGGGCGAUGGUUUUAAUGAACUCUGUCUGCAACAAGAUUCUAAAACCCAUUGACGGCUCCUGCUGCCACCCCCGGCCUCCCCUAAAUAUCGUGCAGAAGCUGACAGCUGGUGUUUUUGCCUCAGCCAUAAUGAGUUUCCUGGUUUUGAACCUGCUGUGCUACAGCAAGCAUCGGAGAAGCAGGCACGUCACCGACCUGGAAAACGCUGAGGAGAAAAGGCCUGCAGCUGCCACUUCGAUGGCAAGCCUGAAAGUUCCCUUCCAGUCUGUUUGCAAACUGGGGCUCAUUAUGGUUUACUUUUACCUGUGUGACAGAGCUGACAUUUUCAUGAAAGAGCAGAAAUUCUACACACACUCUACAUUUUUUAUACCUCUGAUCUACAUUUUUGUACUUGGAGUUUUCUACACUGAAAAUGGUAAAGAGACAAAGGUACUAAACAGGGAACAAACAGAUGAAUGGAAAGGCUGGAUGCAACUAGUUAUCCUAAUUUAUCACAUAUCUGGUGCCAGUGCUUUCAUACCCGUGUACAUGCAUGUACGAGUCCUAGUAGCAGCGUAUCUGUUUCAAACAGGCUAUGGGCACUUUUCUUUCUUUUGGCUGAAGGGAGACUUUGGACUUAACAGAGUUUGCCAGGUCCUCUUCCGGCUGAACUUCCUUGUGGUAGUGCUGUGUCUCGUGAUGGAUCGGCCUUAUCAGUUCUACUAUUUUGUGCCGUUAGUUACAUUCUGGUUUGCUGUCAUCUAUGUCACAUUAGCCAUAUGGCCUCAGAUUCUGCAGAAAAAAGCAAAUGGCAGUGGGAUCUGGCAUUUGGGUUUGCUGCUGAAGCUUCUGGCUUUGCUUUUGUUCAUAUGCUUUUUGACUUAUUCACGGGGUGUUUUUAACAGUAUUUUCUCCAUCUGGCCAAUAUCGAAGCUCUUUGAAUUGCAUGGGAGCAGCCACGAAUGGUGGUUUAGGUGGAAGCUGGAUCGCUUUGCUGUAUUCCAUGGAAUGCUGUUUGCAUUUGUGUACCUCGUGCUACAGAAAUGUCAGGUGCUUUCAGAAGGAAAAGGAGAGCCACUGUUUUCCAACAGAGUGUCCAACUGUUUGCUCUUCAUUUCCGUAGUUUCUUUUCUGACAUAUUCCAUAUGGGCAAGCAGUUGUAAAGAUAAAACUGAGUGCAAUGAAUUGCAUCCGUAUAUAUCAGUGGUACAGAUUCUAGCCUUUGUUCUCAUCAGGAAUAUUCCUGGUUAUGCCCGCUCGUUGUAUAGUUCAUUCUUUGCGUGGUUUGGCAAGAUUAGUCUAGAGCUCUUCAUCUGUCAAUACCAUAUAUGGCUGGCUGCAGACACCAAGGGGAUCUUAGUUCUUGUUCCUGGCUACCCCAUGCUCAACAUUGUUAUCAGUACCUUUAUUUUUGUGUGCGUGGCACAUGAGAUCUCCCAGAUUACCAAUGACUUGGCUCAGGUGGCCAUCCCGAAGGACAGCUCGGCCCUGGUGAAGAGGCUGCUGGGCUUGGCCGUGUUUCUUCUGGCUGUCCUGCAGCUGACUGCUCACGAACAGGCCCAACGAAAUUAAACAGCCCCGCCGGCGACCUCCGGGCUCUGACAUCCCCGGAACGAGGAGGUAGCAAGUGACGCACAGGAGCUUUCCAUAUUUCUGGAGAACAAUUUUGGACUUGGCGGAAACAUGCUUUUUUUGAUGGUUGUGAAGUUGUUCUAAGGGGCAGUGAGGCACUGAAGAAACUGCAGAUUUUUUUAUACAUGUACAGAAGCAAUUCAGCCUCGUAUUGCUUUAUUUUUUAACGUUAGUUUACAAUGUGUACCAUAGCUGGUAAUACAAUACUUAAAAGUGUAAAUUAAGGUUGCAUUUUAUACCUUUAAUGUUCUUUGUGUCUUGUAGUCCUGAGAUGGCUUUUCGGACUAAAAUGCUUUUUUUCAGAUCAUGCAGAAAAUGCACUUUUCAUGUACUGUUAAAGACAUUUAUUAGCAGUUCAGUCGUUUUCCAACAUAAAGAGGGUAUACAGCCACUUUCAUUAAUGUAUAGUGAAUUAAAUCCACAUAUGCAUAUGGUAGAUGUGGCCUGUACACAUCAGCAGGCGCAGUACAUCUUAACGAGCUUAUUUGGAGCAUUUUACUUCAGGUUCUGGCACAUUCAGAUCCCGCUGUCCUUAAAACCAUGACUGCUUAGCUAACCACAUGUGCUUCAUUAUUCUAAUGACUAUUGUGAACUCGGACUGUUCUCAGCUGUGAAUGCUAACUAUUCUGCCACAUUUAAAUUUAAUGUUCUAUUUAUUUUUUAGAUGGUUUUAAAGUAUUUAUUCCUGUUAUCAGUAAUUUAUUAUGAAGGAUAAAAUAUUUUAAUAGUUAAAUUGCAAUAUGUCUCUUAAAGCAAUUGUAAUAAGACUAGGUUGUUUGUGGAUACGUAGCCCCAGAGCACUUGAGUCGUCAGUGAAACGUAAGUGCCGUCAGUCGAAAAACAUUUUAAGUAAAAAGAAAAUAAAUGUCUCAUACUGAGCCUCCUGUCGGGCUCAUCAUGUUUACCAUGAUAUGACUACAGUGUUGUAAUACUUCCCCCUUUUUAGGUUCUUAAUUUUUGGUCUUGCAUUAUUGUUAGAAAAUGUUUUACCAAUAAUUUAUUUUGUAAACCAAGAGAAUUAUAAAAUACUAAAUGUGUUAAAUUGGCUUUAUUCAUUUAAACAUUCGUUUGUGUGUGUUGCAUAACAGAUUCAAGACAGACUAGAAGGGUGGAAAUGUUCAAAAUUAUUUCUGUGGAUUUUUGAGUUGAGAUCUCAUGCAUCAUUGAUGAAGCUCGUAAAUUACAGGGGGCGAUUUACACAGCAGGUCAGAUAUGAUAAUAGGUCUGGAGAAUGAAACAGGGGUGGUAGUAGGCCCAAGGCCAUUGUACAGGAGGACUCUGCAACAGAAACCUUUUUCCCCACAAUCAUUUAAUCAGCUCAUAACACGGACAGCCCAGUCACAGCUCCACAGCCUCAGUUUCCUUAAGUCCCCUGAGCCACUUACCCAUGUCAGAAAUCCCUGCAGCACCUGCAUCUAUCUCCAGGACUGCACACAAGCCUGAGCCCAUUCCAAGACCAGCCAGAGAGCAUUGUGCUUAGCCAGCAAUCUCAUUUACUGCAUCUCUUGCAGAAAGUGCACUGCCAUUUAGAAUCACAAAACAUGAAGGUGAUUGGCUUAAUUUAUUAGGAAAUAUCACUGUCAGAGCAGAGAGGAUCAAAGGUUUCUCUAUGCAGAUCGUUUCCCCAUUUCAUUUCUCAUGAUGUACACGGAUCUUUCUGUCUGUGUCCCUUUACAAGGUUUCCAGAAAGAAAGCUAAAGCCAAGAAUCAUCAUUCAACCUGGAUCACUUUCCUCCUUUGUAGAACCUCUUAAUUGAGAGAUUUCAUUUUUCCACACCUUUUCUGCAGAUCUCCAUUAAUUUGGACACUCUUUGUCAUCUGCCCAUUCUCAAAUGUUCUGUGCUUUGUGAGUUUGCUUUAUAUCCGCACAUAUUUUUGCCAUCCCCUGGAUCUGAGAAGUAUCAACAGCAAAAAAACUUUUUUCUACUUCUCAGCAUUGAAUUAACCUCUAUGUGUUAAUAUGGGGUAUACAGCAGUUGAGCUUGUGUUGACUUUGCUGCAGAGAAGUGUGAUUUUGUCACCGUGUGUUAUCACACCAAGCCUUACUGACUAGCUGAUCUGAGUCACUUUCUUUUGCCUGGCAGGUUUAAGUUAAUGGGGGGUUCAAAAUGCAGACUUACAUUUGAUUCACUUUAAAUAACUGUGCUGUGCAUUGAUAUCUACAAAGCUGCAAAAUGCCGUUUAAAAGAAAACUACAGGUGAAGUCGGUUAUCCUCCUGUAAAGUAUGUUCUGAAGGACUCAGAAAUCACACCAGGACUCAAGGAAUACAAUGUGAAUUUUUAUAAUGGGAAUAAAUUGCCUCUAAAUUGAAAGCUCCAGCUGGAUAGGACUCUAGUUAAAAUGUCCUAAAACAAGUAAGAUCUACAUUAAAGCACUGCAAAUUGUGGUAUUUAAUCCACAGGUAUCUUGAACGGGUAUUUGUAAUUUGGUCAGAAAUUAAAUUAAAGCUUUUAUACACUUUAAUGAGAUUUUUGUUGAAUUAAACCGAGAUGUUUAUGUACAGUAAUUGUUUACUUCUCUUUAUGUACAUUUUCAGGCCCCUUAUGCUGUCUUGUUACUCAGAGAGUAGUAUUUUUUGUAUAUUUGGUUUUAUGUUCUGUUGCCCAUGUUAUUGUAUUGUUUUGCAAAAAUCAGAAGUUAAGUGUUGAACUUGUUUGUUCUCUUUUUUUAAAUCACAAAUAGAUGUUACAGUAAGUAAAUACUGUGGUUUUGCAUAAUGUGAAAUUUGACCAUUUCCUAUUUAUAAAUGCCUUUUUCUGAUGCAUAUGUAUGUUAGUGAUACAUUUCUUGUUCAGAAACUCUUAUGAAGUUAAGGUCUUAUUUGCUUGAAUUACUAGUUUGGGGAUAAGCUUUAUUUUUGAGAACUUCAGGGCUUAAUAGGUAAGAAAUUAAGCUGCAUAGUAAAGUUGGUUCAUCUCUUGUCCUUGAA